ACAAGUUACAAACGAAAACAUUCUCAUUCUUUCUCUCUCUCUCUCUGAUCGAUCUUCUUCGAACAUUCUUUCGUUCACACGCUGCCGAUUCUCUUCGAUUCAAUAUUUCUAAUUCUUUCUCGUUUUUUCCGUUCUUUAUCAUCUUACUUUCAUUUUCAUUUCUGAUUUGCAGGAUCAACAUUAUUAUUAUUAAUGGCGGGGGCGGUUCAUUGGAGAUACCGUUUUCGCGAAAUCGAUUCUUCAAAGAAGGAUAACUUGGAUAGGUUCAUUCCAAAUAGAUCAGCAAUAAACUUUGGCUAUGCUCACAACAUGUUGACGGAAGGUGCAAAAAAGGGGAAAGAGAAUCUAGCGGAGAUGUCGACUUACCAGAAACUACUCGCCGAAGCAUGUGACAUUCCGACCCGAAUAUUGGCCUUUAAGAAUAAACCUCCAACCCCUAAGGAAAUUUGGCCUCCUCUUCCUCCUCCUCCUCCUCAAUGCAGAUCAUCCAAGCCCAAAAGAUACAUUCCUAAGACUUGGGAGAGGAAGUUGGAUGCCCCUUAUAUGGUAGACGACUUUUGCUUGAACUUGUUGGAUUGGGGUAGCAGUAAUGUCAUUAGUAUCGCCCUUGAAAAUAGUGUCUAUCUUUGGAAUGCUUCAAAUAGCUCCACUUCAGAACUUGUCACUGUGGAUGAUGAAUAUGGUCCUGUUACAAGUGUUAGCUGGGCCUCAGAUGGACGACAUAUAGCCGUUGGUUUGAACAAUUCAAUUGUCCAAAUUUGGGAUGCAACAACUACUAAACAGCUGAGAACAUUGAGGGGUGGACACAGAGGAAGAGUGGGUUCACUGGCUUGGAAUUGUCAUAUUCUGACAACCGGAGGAAUGGAUGGUAAAAUAGUAGACAAUGAUGUUAGAGUGAGAUCUCACAUUGUUCAAACUUACAUGGGACAUGAUCAGGAGGUUUGUGGGCUCAAAUGGUCACCCUCAGGACGACAAUUGGCGAGUGGUGGAAACGAUAAUGUUGUUCACAUAUGGGAUAGGUCUGUGGUUUCUUUAAAUUCACCUACCCGUUGCCUUCAUAGGUUUGAGGAACACAGGGCUGCUGUGAAGGCACUGGCUUGGUCUCCUUUUCAAAGUAAUCUAUUGGCUUCUGGUGGAGGUGAUAAUUGCAUUAAGAUGUGGAACACUCGCACAGGUGCGAGAUUGAACUCUGUUGACACAGGAUCGCAAGUAUGUAGUCUGCUGUGGAAUAAGAACGAGCGUGAGCUUCUUAGCUCACAUGGUUUCACUGAGAACCAGCUUACCCUUUGGAAGUAUCCUUCUAUGGUGAAGAUGGCAGAGCUUAACGGUCAUACCUCGAGGGUACUACACAUGACACAGAGUCCAGAUGGGUGUAUGGUGGCAACUGCUGCCGCGGAUGAAACUAUGAGACUUUGGAAUGUCUUUGAAACACCGCUAAAGACAAAUGAUGAGCCCUUUGCUAAGUUCAACCGUAUCCGUUGAACAAGCACCUGCAUCAUCCCCACAAUCCCUAACAAAAACUCCCACAGCAUCAUCACCAAAUUCCUGUUUUAGUUUUCUAUGUCAAUCCCCCCCCCCCCCCCCCCCCCCCCCCCCCAUCACCACCACACACACACGUCAUUUUUUUAUUUUAUGAUUGGUACCUUUUCUUUGUGUCAUUCUUCUGAGUUAACAGUGAAUCUUUCCUUACUUUGUUACUAUUUUUCAUUUAUUAGAUAUUUUUUUAUGGUUUAAUUUUUUUGUUGAUAGUUUACCUAACUGAUUUGUUGCGUCAUUUUAUUUAGGAGCCUACCUUUGUGGCUUUCUCAACUCUCAAUCUUUGUAUGUUUAGGAUAUGAUAUUUCGCAUUUGAUUUUAAGUUGAUUUUAGCUUUGAUUAGGCUUUUCUUCAUGUCCAAUUCUCGCAUCUCUGUAAUUGUUGCUGCAUUUGUUGGAUCAACCAAUUUUCACACCUCUUAGACCAUAGGUUGGUUCCCCUACACAUAAGCGAAUUUUGAUUAGUGCAUGUUUUCAACCAGUUGAAUGACUACUAUUGCAAUACUUUACUUCCUUAUAGCUUGUAUAUCCAAAUUGAGGAAAGUGUUGAGAAUGUGAAGUAUGUCAGUGUUGGUUCAUGCUUAAUUUUAGGCUAAGUUGGGUGCACGAAUUAGGGCUUAGUGGUUCUAUUUGGUCCUAUUAUUUUUUACUGCAGACAAAGACACUGCGAAUCGCAAGGCGAUAUGGCUUGGAGACUCAAUGGUUGCAUCUGUAUUGGAAUCUACAUCUUAGAAACCUAGGAGUUUGUUGUGAAUUUGUCAAAAGUACUCCGUGUGGCUGUGUUAGUCUUCCACGUCAUAUGAAUAGUUUGAGGAAGAGGUGUUUCAUUCUACUAUUAACAAACUUCUUUGCUUCUUGGUAUCAAUGAUGUGAGAUCUGACAAAGCAGCUAAACAAAGGCCAGGUAGCCCUGUUACAUUUCCUCGCCAAAAACGUUCUGUAAGGCCCCGCUUGUACCUUUCUAUUGAUUCAAAUUCGGAAUAAAGGUUAGGGACUCUUAGCACCAGAUAUUGUAUUUGGAAUUUGGAGGCAUUUUUGGUCCUCGAAAACUGGCAGUUAUGUGUUGAGGCAUCUCUACUGGAAUAGCUAUAAAUUGGCCCUAACGCUGCACCUGCCCCCUUUGGCAAUGAUAUUGGCGGCACAGGUUCUCAAUUCUCUAUGCUUGAUAUUGAAGUUGAUGGGUUGUGGUCGAGCUAUCAUUCUUUCGAUUUUCAAUAAUCUAUUGAGGGUAUAUUGCUGGUUUACUGUAUAAUUUGUCAUUCAAUCUGGUAGUUUAAACUUUCUAAUUUGGUGGGGCAAAGUUUCCCAUUAGGAAUAUUUUAUCUGCAUUUUUGGCUCUGCGCCUGAGAGCAAAUAACCUGUAAAUGUUUAGUCUUCGAAUUCAAAUAGUUUUUCUUGUUCAA